AGAUGGAGGAUGAAGCUGCUGCUCUGCGGGAGAUGCAGGCCAAAGUUGAGAAGGAGAUGAGUUCUGCGCAAGAUCCUGCUGCUGCUACAUCUCAAGCUAGUAGAGAGGAAGUAGAUUCGCGGUCUGUGUUUGUUGGCAAUGUCAGGCUGCAUUCUUCAAGUUUCUGAUUAACUAGUUCUGGGAUUGGGUCAUAGUGUUUAUGAUAUUAAUACUUGGGAUAGAAAAAAAAAUUGUGCAUGAUAACAUAGCAGAGAAAAUGAUAAGAAAGAAAUUUUGAGAAAAGAAAAUUUCAAGGCUUUUGAAACCAAUAAUUUCAAGGGAAAAAAAAAUGGGAGGUGAUAAAUGCCAAAAUCUUUCUGAGUGCUCAUAACAGAAAAGAAGAAGAGAAUCAAUAGAUCUAUAGAUUAGAACUAAAGUGUGUCGGUUGAGUUAAUUUGAGCGAGUUCUUGAGCCAGGAUGGACAUAGGAAAAGGUGUGGUUCAAGAUUCCUGAGCCUAGACUCAAUCGGGUAUGAGGAGUAGCAUGCAGGAAGGGGGAAGACUAGCUAUGUACAAAGUACAACCCCACAGAGCUGCUUGUCAUGGAGGUUAAUGCUCGAGGAAUGAGUAGGCAUUUUACUCCUUAUGGUGGACUAUUCAUGCACCCCUGAAGAAGUGCAGCAGCACUUCCAAUCAUGUGGGACGGUAAAUAGGAUCACUAUUCGUACUGACAAGUAUGGCCAACCAAAGGGUUAUGCAUAUGUAGAAUUCCUGGAGACAGAGGCUGUUCAUGAGGCUCUCCUUCUGAAUGAAUCUGAAUUGCAUGGCCGCCAAUUGAAGGUGACUGCUAAAAGGACCAAUGUACCAGGGAUGAAGCAGUUCCGUCCUCGCCGGCCCAACCCUUACAUGGGGUUUACGCCCAGGGGCUCACAUAUGCCUCCUUAUUUCUACAAUCCUUAUGGAUAUGGGAAGGUUCCAAGAUACAGAAUGCCUAUGCGUUACAGUCCCUAUAAUUGAAUCAAAAUAGACAGAGCCAGCUAAACUUUUACUAGUUUUGUGUUCAAUUAUCAUUUUUGGAAAAAUUGGAUGAGCAAUAGCAAAGUUUUGCCACUUUGUAUCAAUGAGGUAGAAUGUGCGAGAAUUAAGCAUUAUUUCAGUUUUUGGUAGACAAUGCCACUUGUGAUUUGCUUGAGCUUUAAGUCUGAAAAUUUCCUUUACUGCUGUAUAAUGAUUGUUGCAAUUGGUAUAUGAUAUGGCUCAUCUCUUCCCCAUGCAA